CUGUUGAAAAAGGUAUGUUAAAAUAUAUUUAUCUGUGAACCGUUACACGACCUAUAUUGUUUCGAUGAAAAUAAACUUACAUAUAAAAAUAUGUUGGAGAAUACAAAUGCGCGGGGAGAUAUAUCGCGGCUGAUGGAGAGGGCCCCGGACGCGUGGGCCCGACACGCGUGGGGUCCCAGAUCCAAGUUGACAGUCAGUCGGCAGCGCGAUCUUCGGUUAGCGCGGAUGAGCUCCUGCAGUUGUCGGGAAUGCGAUUUCGGGGGCACCGGUGACCCAGUGGCGCGAUUAUGCCUUUACGCUAUCAUGGGAUAUUUGUCGUCUUAUGCGUCGGUGUUACGGUGGCUAGAGCAACGUUUUCGUCGAAUGCGGGGAGCGGUGUUCGGUGCAUGCUGAAUAGUGUCGGCUUGAUGCUCUCCUUGCCGGAGAUGACGCAUCAAUGGUCGCUCUUAGAGCUAAAUUUCUGGUCGAAUCGCGCGGCAAGUAAAGCUGUGUCAAACGAGUUGCUUGAACAGGACGCGACUCGAUUUUCCAGGGUGUUAAACUUCUUUCCCGUUCCGGUGGAGGAGGAGUGCCUGUCCGAGGACAAACGACGCCAGGGAAUAUGCAUGAACACAUACGAGUGUCGUAUCCAGCGCGGGGUAUCCCACGGACCGUGUGCACUCGGAUUCGGCGUGUGUUGCAUAUUCACGGCAAGCUGCGACAACGAGGUACAGAAUAAUCUGACCUACGUGACCAGUCCUGGUUUUCCCAACCUCAUCGACCGGCCUAUGAACUGCACGGUGGUCGUACGGAAGAUCGAUACGGAGGUCAGUCAGUUGAGGAUCGACUUUGUCCAUUUUAACAUUGGCCAACCGAAUGCAACGACUGGUGUUUGCGACGGGGAUGUUAUGGUAAUUAAUAACAGCAAGACAUCUUUCGAAUUGUGCGGAUGGAACAGUGGACAACACGUGUACGUGGACGCGAGCGAAGGCAACGAACCGAUCACUUUAAACUUCCGGCUGCCAAGCGGCCUGCAAUCACGAAUGUGGGAGAUGCGCGUAGUGCAAUUGGGUUUCGAGCAACGGGCGCCAGUCGGGUGUCUACAAUAUUUUCGCUCGCCGAACGGCACGCUGAGGACAUUCAAUUAUCUGCCCAACGGUCGAUACCUCGCCGGACAUGAUUACUUAUUGUGCGUUCGUCAGGAGAGAGACAUGUGCGGUAUCGUUUAUCAGCCGUGCACGCGAGAUUCUUUUAGGAUAGGACCUGACCGGUCCAACGCGACGAACGUCCUUGCGGCUCCCGCCACGACGAACAACGGAAACGCCUCCGUCUCCGCUAUCGUCGAUCUCAACAAUGUCGCGAAUAAUUCCAUCGCGGAUGUCGUCGAAGGCUCGGGUGCGGGAUCGCCCGAGCAGCAGGAGAUGGUCCUCACCAUCGGCACGAACGGUCCGACGUCACCGAUCGAGAGACGGUGCAGGGACAGGAUACUUAUUCCCUGUGAUUUUGAGGAAUUUAUCACGCCGGGAAACAACGUGGCGGGUGUCUGCAAUCUGGAGCAUUGCGGCAACUCGCUGUGCAGACGAGACGAACUCGACGCGAAGGGUAAUUGUCGGGUGGAGACCUGGACUACGCCCUUCCGGAUAAGGGUGGCUUUCGAUCCCGGUAGCAACGCGGACGGUACGUUGGCGGACAAUGCCGGCAUGUGUCUUACCUAUCAGCAGUUAGCUUGCGUAGCUUGAGAGAUCGCUUUAUAAUUAAUUUCCAUUCUCUCACACACAAUCUAUACAAGUGUGUGUGUGUGUGUGUGUGUGUGUGUAUGUGUGCGGAGGCAAUAUCACUCUCGAACGAGAGAGAGAGAGGGAGAGACAAUAUUAUUAGACUCUGUACUGCUCAUAAAUUAUUUCCACAGCAUCGUUUUGCGCGCAAUAUCGCUUCCACGACGUAAAUAUCGGAAAGAAAUCUUGGAUCGUAAUAAAGCAGAUUUCAUCUUUUCAUCCGUUUGGUUUAUAUAAGUCUCGAUGGACGUAGGAGAGAGACCGAGAGGUAAUUGUGUAUAUAGGGUCAAUUAAUACAACACGAUAGAUCAAAGAGUCAAAUAGUUUUUAUUUACAAAUGAACUAGCUUAAAUCGCGUAAACGCAGCGCACAACUCUCGAUAUAGUGUGAUAGAUAUAUAUUUAUAUUUAAUUCGCUUUUUGUGUCCCGCUUCUUUUUUUUCUGGUUCGAUUACACCACGAUCAUCAUCGGCCGCGAUACGCAACGCGCGUGUGUACGGGCGUAUAUGUGUAUGUAUGUGUCAAUUACGAGGCAUUGAAUCUAUUCGUCAAAACUGUUUGAACGUGAGAUUUAACGCUCAUAUGUAAUAUGUAAUAUGUAACAGGUGGUUGUGUUUCUUCGCCGCGAAAAAUGCCGACGACAAUCGCGGCAACCGUUAGCGAUAACGAUAUAUAAUGACGUUACAAGAAUAAAUUAUAAUGUCGUCAAUAUAUGAUAAUAUCGACGAUGGCAACAUCACUUUGAAUCGCUCUCCCAGAAGAAACAAGCAUAACCGUCAUCCUUGCCUCGGAAGAGGCCGAGAUUGCGUUGCAGCCUUGCCUCUUGCAUGAAGCUACUUCACAUUAUGUAUAUCUAUAAGUGUCGCGUGUAUAAUAAUAACGAUAAUAAUGAUAGUAAUAAUAAAAUUAGCGUAUAAUAACAUAACGGAGACAUAAUUUUCGACGACGGUGAAUAUAAACUGUUAUUUCGUCGACGAGACACGUCGCUUUCGUCACAAUCCCAAAUCAUAUCGCGUUAUCUAUCUAUCGAAAGUUAAAAGGAUUGUUGAAUAGCGUUAAAGAGAGGGCGGUGAAUCGCGAACGUGAAUCGCGUGUACUUGAUGGUCACUUGGUGCGAGGGGGAAGGGGGAGGAAAAAGGAGAGGAGAGGAAGGGAACACACGUUUCUUUUUUCUCUUUUCUUUUUUUUCUUUUCUUUUUAAUCUGUACUAAUACUCUACCGAUACAAUUGCGGACGUUCGCGGGGCGUUUAAUCCGCGAGAGAAGUGUCGAGGCCGUAUAUAUAUUUGGAUAUAAAUUCCCAUAUGUGUAAAAAUUAUUUCGAAUAUAAUACAUAUCUAUUUAUAUAAUUACGCGAAGAACGAUUUAUUUAUUUAUUUAUUUAUUUUGUAAUGAGGGAGAAAUGCUGAUUAUUACGGCCGCUACGUUAAAGUGCCGUCGUCUGUGAAUCUCGAGGACGAGAGAAUUUAAAAAAAAAAAAAAACC